GCGCUCUGCCUGCAAGCGGCGGUGGUGGCAGUCAUAGCAGUCUUCUUUUACUUCCUGCGCCCUGGCAAGGGCAGCACCUACCUUGUUGACUUCUACUGCCUGAGGCCCCCCAACAGGUUUGUGUGGACUCAUUUGUCUCAGCCACAUUCAUCGAUGAAGAAUGGCUACAGCGAGCAGAGCAUUCAGUUCAUGGACAAGGUUAUGGAGAUCUCAGGCCUGGGGGACAAGACCUUCCUGCCAGAUGGUGCGCCCUUUUCUCCUGAAUGCCCCUUCGAUUUCCACAUGGCGGGGGCGCGCGUUGAGACUGAGACUGCACUGAACGUGUCCAUUCAGCAUGUGCUCGACCGCACUGGACUCAAGCCUCACCAUAUUGAUGGCCUGAUCGUGAACUGCUCGGCCUUCAACCCGACGCCGUCCCUGUCUGCGGCGGUGGUGAACCACUUCAAGUUCAAGAGCAGCAUCCGCACCUUCAACCUGUCCGGCAUGGGCUGCGCCGCAUCAGUCAUCGCAGUGGAUCUGGCCAUGGAGAUGCUUGCGAACAACAAGAACAUGCGCAUCAUGAUCGCGGGCACGGAGAACAUCCUGAUGAACCUGUACAAUGGCAACCAGCGCUCCAUGCUGAUCACAAACUGCAUCUUCCGCCUGGGGGGCGUGGCUCUGUUGCUGAGCAACCACCCGGCCGACCGCCGCCGCGCCAAGUACCGGCUCACCCACAUGGUCCGCACCCAUCUCGGAGGCGUCGACGAAGCCUACAAUGCUGUGAUCCAGAAGGAGGACGACGAGGGCAAGGUGGGAGUGAAGAUUGGGAAGGAGCUGAUGAAGGUGGCCGGCAUGGCGCUCAAGGUCAACAUCACCCGCCUGGGGCCCAAGGUCCUGCCCAUCUCCGAGCAGCUCAUCUUUGCCGGCAACUUCGUCGCUCGCAAGGUGUUUGGGAUGAGCCUGAAGCCGUACGUGCCCGACUUCACGACGGCGUUCGAGCACUUCUGCAUCCACCCGGGCGGCAAGGCGGUGAUCGAGGAAGUCAGCAAGCAGCUGAAGCUGCGCCCCGAGCAGAGCCUGCCCAUGCUUGUGCCCUUUGAGCGCUAUGGCAACACCUCCUCUUCCUCCACCUGGUAUGCAUGGUCGUACGUGGAGACAUUCCAGGGGGUGAAGAAGGGCGACCGCGUGUGGCAGCUGGCCUUUGGCUCCGGCUUCAAGUGCUGCUCUGCCGUGUGGGUGGCCCUGAGGAAGAACGACGAGAAGCACGACGCCUGGAUGGACGUUGAAUCAUACUGA